GGAGAGAUUUUAGGGGCGGGAUGAAGACCAAUGAGUCUGGCUAGAGAACUGAGUACCCUGGAGCGGGAAUCCCUCAAGUCCAGAUGGAGCAGGAGGUGGAACGUGACCUCCACAUCAGUCAGAGCGGCCACCCUGGGCCACCACAGGCCCUGAAGCGUCCUUAAGGCAUAGCCAAGUGAGCAGUAACCAACAUGUCAGAGUGGGAGUCUUAUUACAAAAACGAGGGUGAUGAAGAAGAAGAAGAAGAGGAGAGCCUUGAAGCAGGAGAAUAUAAAUAUUCAGGAAGAGAUAGUUUGAUUUUUGUGGUUGAUGCUUCUAGGGCCAUGUUUGAGUCUCAGAGUGAAGAUGAAUUGACUCCUUUUGACAUGAGUAUCCAGUGUAUCAAGAGUGUAUACACCAAUAAGAUCAUAAGCAGUGAUCGAGAUCUCUUGGCAGUGGUGUUCUAUGGUACCGAGAAGGACAAAAACUCAGUGAAUUUCAAAAAUAUUUACGUCUUACAGGAGCUGGAUAAUCCAGGUGCUAAACGAGUGCUAGAACUUGACCGGUUUAAGGGUCAGCAGGGAAAAAAACAUUUCCAAGACAUGAUUGGCCAUGGAUGUGACUACUCACUAAAUGAAGUGCUGUGGGUCUGUGCCAACCUCUUUAGCGAUGUCCAGUUCAAGAUGAGCCAUAAGAGGAUCAUGCUGUUCACCAAUGAAGACAACCCCCAUGGCAAUGACAGUGCCAAAGCCAGCCGGGCCAGGACCAAAGCUGGGGAUCUUCGUGACACAGGCAUCUUCCUUGACUUGAUGCACCUGAAGAAACAUGGAGGCUUUGACAUAUCCGUAUUCUACAGAGAUAUCAUCAGCAUAGCCGAGGAUGAAGACUUCGGGGUUCACUUCGAGGAAUCGAGCAAGCUAGAAGACCUGUUGAGGAAGGUUCUCUCCAGGGAGACCAAGAAGCGUGCGCUCAGCAGGUUGAAGCUCAAGCUCAACAAAGAUAUAGCGCUCACCGUCGGCAUUUAUAAUAUGGUUCAGAAGGCUCUCAAACCUCCUCCCAUCAAGCUUUAUCGGGAAACAAAUGAACCAGUGAAAACCAAGACACGGACAUUUAAUGUAAAUACAGGCAGUUUGCUUUUGCCUAGCGACACCAAGAGGUCUCAGAUCUAUGGGAGUCGCCAGAUUGUACUAGAGAAAGAGGAAACAGAACUGCUAAGACGGUUCGAUGAACCAGGUUUGAUUCUCAUUGGUUUCAAGCCCUUGACGAUGCUGAAGAAGCACCAUUUCCUGCGGCCCUCCCUGUUCGUGUACCCCGAGGAGUACCUAAUGAAUGGGAGCUCAACCCUGUUCAGUGCUCUACUCACCAAGUGUCUGGAGAAGGAGGUUAUGGCAGUGUGCAGGUACACCCCCCGCCAGAACAUUUCCCCUUAUUUUGUGGCCUUGGUGCCACAGGAAGAGGAGCUGGAUGAGCAGAAAAUUCAGGUGACUCCCCCAGGCUUCCAGCUCGUCUUCUUACCCUAUGCUGACGAUAAACGGAAAGUGCCCUUUACUGAAAAAGUCAUGGCAAACCGGGAGCAGAUAGACAGCAUGAAGGCUAUUGUUCAGAAGCUCCGCUUCAAAUACAGGAGUGACAGCUUCGAGAACCCAGUGCUACAGCAGCAUUUCAGGAACCUGGAGGCCUUGGCUCUGGAUUUGAUGCAGCCCGAACAAGUGGUGGAUCUGACAUUGCCCAAGGUUAAAGCAAUGGAUGAAAGACUGGGUCCUCUCGUGGAUAACUUUAAGGAACUCGUCUACCCACCAGGUUAUAAUCCUGAGGGAAAAAUUCCCAAGCGAAAACAAGAUGAUGAAGGUUCCAGUAGCAAAAGGCCCAAGAUGGAGUUAACCAAAGAGGAACUGAAGGCCCAUGUGAGCCAGGGCACGCUGGGUAAGCUCACCGUGCCCAUGCUGAAGGAAGCCUGCAGGGUGUAUGGGCUAAAGGGCGGGAUGAGGAAGCAGGAGCUGCUGGACACGCUCAGUAAGCACUUCCAGAAGGACUGACCAGACCGUACAGCCAGCCGCCCUUCAACACUAGCCAGGCUGCCCAGUUUUGCUCAUCAAAAAACAUUCUCCUGAACCAGGAAGAGUCUGCCUGACAGAAGCCAAGGACUUUACAUUUAUGAGACUUUCUGUUGCCAUGGAGAUAGUGUAGCCCUCCUCGCUGUGCCUUAUUCUACUCUCUGAAUAAAGAGCCCUAAUUUUGUAUCAUA